AUGGUGCUGUUGGCUUCAGCCGUAUGCACAAAAACGGGAAAAACCAUCGUCUCUCGACAGUUUGUUGAAAUGACCAAAGCGCGGAUUGAAGGUCUACUGGCGGCGUUUCCUAAGCUGAUGUCGACAGAAAAACGUCACAUACAACAUACAUUUGUUGAGACAGAUUCUGUACGAUAUGUAUACCAACCAUUGGAAAAACUCUACAUGUUACUGAUCACUACAAAGACCAGUAACAUAUUAGAAGAUUUGGAAACAUUAAGAUUGUUUUCAAAAGUAGUUCUGGACUGUUGCAAGUUAGUCGAUGAGAGUGAAGUAUCAAAAAAAUCUUUUGAUUUAAUAUUUGCUUUUGAUGAAAUUGUAGCCCUUGGAUAUAGGGAGAGUGUUAAUUUAGCUCAAGUAAGAACAUUUGUUGAAAUGGAUUCUCAUGAAGAAAAAAUGUAUCAAGCGGUACGCCAAUCACAAGAGCGUGAUGCUAAGGUUAAAAUGCGUGAGAAAGCAAAAGAAUUACAACGACAAAGAAUUGAUGCUGUCAAAAAGGGUGUUCGUAUGACAGCACCAUCAAGCUCUUACAUGUCAAUGACACCAGUCGCAGAUUCAAUUUACGAAAUAAAAGUAUCCAAGCCAGAAACACCGAAAUACACAUCAACCAAUAAAGCUUUAAAAUUAGGAGCAAAAUCUAAAGAUGUUGAUUUGUUUGUUGAUCAAUUGAAAUCUGAAGGUGAAAAAGUUGUUAGUAAUAACAAGACAUCAACUAUUACAUCAACUUCUUCAACCGUUCAAAAAGACAUUCAUAUUAAAAAGGAAGAACGUUUAAUUGCCAUUGUUGGUCGCGAUGGAGGCGUUCGCAAUUUUGAAUUACAUGGGUUGAUUUCAUUAAGGAUUUCAAAUGAAAUUUAUCAAAAAAUUGUUUUACAGUUCAAUUUUGAAUCUGGAAACAUUCCAUUGCAGACACAUCCUAAUAUUGAUAAGGAACUUUUCAAGACUAAUCGAUUAAUAGGUUUGAAAAAUUCAACAAAACCAUUUCCAUUGGAUUCUGAAGUAGGGCUAUUAAAAUGGACUCUUCAGUCACAAGAAGAAUCAGCUAUACCGCUUUCAAUUAAUUGCUGGCCUAGUGAAAAUGGUUAUGGUGGCUGUGAUGUAAAUAUUGAAUAUAACUUGGAACAUGCUGACCUCGAGCUGAAUAAUGUUACAGUCACAGUACCGUUGCCAUUUGGUAAUGCUCCAGUUAUUCAAGAGUGCAGUGGAGUUUAUAGUUAUGAACCUAAAAAGAACGUUUUAAUUUGGUCAGUGGCUGUAGUGGAUUCGUCUAACCCUACAGGAUCUAUUGAAUUUGAAGCACCCAAAUCGAUUGCCUCUGAUUUCUUCCCAAUUAAAGUAGAUUUUAUUUCAAAAUCAUCUUACAAUAAAAUUAAGCCAAUGGAAAUUAGACUUGUUGAUGAUAGCACACCUGUAAAAUUUACAUCUGAGACAUCUUUAUACACAGGAAAUUACGAAAUAGUUUGA